AUGACACCAGAUAACACCUCGAAUAUGAUUGCGGAUGAAGAGACACUUAAUCGUACUUGGCAUUUGGUCGCGGAAUUAUGUGCACAAUUGGCUAAUAACCGUGAGCAAAUUAAAUCCUUGGAGCAACAGGUCGUUGAGCUUCAGAAUCGGGCAGAUGGAUUCACCGGACCGCUGAUACGCGCCAGUAUUCGAGGUAAAUCAAUGCGAAACUUUUUAAGUAUUUCCGUAUCUAAGUUAGCCCCACCAUUUGAAUCCGGCACGUCGGAGAUAGAACGACAGAACGUGCGUUUGAUCUACGAAAAUCAACAAUUGAAUGAAGAGAAUGCUUCCUUGUCUUCAUUAGUUAAAGAAUAUGAAACCACGUUGCAGGUUAUGAUGAGUAAAUUUCGAGUACAGGCGCACGAGAUACAACAAUCCAAAUUACAAAUGCAACGUGAAUACGAAUCAUUACUAGAAGAGGAACGGAAAAAAAAUGCUCAAAUUUCUCUUGAAAACAUGCAACUCCACUCUCAUCUCAGUGCCAUUGGUAAUUUGGUCAGACAAGCAUACGACGUUCAAACAGAUCUCGAUACAGAGAUUCUGUUGGAAAGUCUGUGUAUCGAGAAUUUAGGAUUGCGCGAAAUGCUUGGGAUCGAUCCUGACAAUACACUUUUUCAAGAUGAAAAAGAGACGACGACGACAACAACGGCUUCAAUGUCAACUGCUAUUGAUGGUGGUAGUAAUUUAGCAUCUACAAAAUUAUUAUCGAUAAAUGACAUUAUCAAGCCUUCUUCAAUUUCUGAUAAGAGCACGAUUAGCAAUAGGGAUCGUAUCAUUGCAGAGGCAAAGAAAGAGGAGGAAGCACGUGAGCUAGAAGCCGAAGAGCGAAAACGGGAUGAGGUUGAGGAAGUAAUAGCAGAAUCAAAUUCGUAA